UCACAAGUGAAGCAACAGCAGGGCAGUGCAGCACAUCAGCUGUUUCAAGUUCCCUAAAUGAGUUUUACUUUUGCAAAACAAGCCCUCUGACUUCCCAGAUCCAAUGAGCCUCACUAUGAGCAACAUGACCAGCAGCCACAUUUGUUGUAAUUUUUUAAAUAUGUGGAAAAAAAGCAAGAUAUCAACCAUGUAUUACCUUAAUCAAGAUGCCAAAUUAUCUAACUUGUUUCUCCAGGCAAGCAGCCCAACGACAGGGACAGCUCCCAGGAGCCAGUCAAGGUUGUCUGUCUGUCCAUCUACUCAGGACAUCUGCAGAUCUUCCAUCUUGCAUGACAUGUCAGAAGAUGCAUUUGAGCACUGCACCCCUGUCAUGGUGCUGAGCCAUGCUAGAAAGGAGUCUGGUAAGAAACCAGUAAGACAGAAUCCUAGGAGGAGGAGAAGGGUCUCUCAGAGAUAUGAACAUGCAGAAGAGCAAGCAAAGGAGAGAAGAAAUGACUUUCGCCUCCAGAUCUCAAGUCCCAGGUGGAGAGAACUUGAUAUGGAGUCUUCAGAUUCAUCUUCCACAGAUGAGAGUCACUGGGUGCAGGCAAAAAGACAAGCCCAGGUUAAAUUCAGACUGUCUCGGCGAAGGAGGAAUAAUAAUAAGCUGUGUGGAAGCUUGGCUGGGUCUUCCACUCCUGACAGAAUGGAGCUUGUUGAUCUGGGAUCCAAAGGUGAAAAGCACCAGGAGCUGACAGAAGGUGGGAGUCACUCUUUAAACAGCUGUAGAGGAAAAGUCAUAAGGUACCAAGAAUGCAGCCAUCCACUGCCCAGGGGGUCUUUGGUGGAGAAGACACCCCCAGGGAGCCACUCAGGGAAUAAGGGCAAAUACUGCCAAAGAGACCCUCAGCUCUUGCGUACACUUAGGCAAAAAGAAACAAUUCAGAAAAGAUUUUUGGAAACUGAUUGUAAUACUGAAAUCCUGGCAGCUGCAGAAGGGGACAAGUGUGUGGAUGUCGCAGGGUUCCAGCUGAAUACCUCUACCCAGAAGUCUCCUGGUGCCUAUGAUGAUGGCUCUGAUAAUUUCGAAGUGUGCAGGAUCUGUCACUGCGAAGGAGAUGAGGAGAGCCCACUCAUCACACCCUGCCGCUGCACAGGAACUUUGCGCUUUGUCCACCAGUCUUGUCUCCACCAGUGGAUCAAGAGCUCAGACACACGAUGUUGUGAGCUCUGCAAGUAUGACUUCAUAAUGGAAACCAAGCUCAAGCCCCUUCGAAAGUGGGAAAAGCUCCAGAUGACUACGAGCGAAAGGAGGAAAAUAUUCUGCUCUGUCACGUUCCACGUCAUCGCCGUCACCUGUGUGGUGUGGUCCUUGUAUGUGUUGAUAGAUCGGACAGCGGAGGAAAUCAAGCAAGGUAACGACAAUGGUGUGCUGGAAUGGCCAUUUUGGACAAAACUGGUUGUGGUGGCUAUUGGCUUCACAGGAGGUCUCGUCUUCAUGUAUGUACAGUGUAAAGUCUACGUCCAACUGUGGCGCAGGCUGAAGGCCUACAACCGUGUGAUCUUUGUGCAGAAUUGCCCAGACACUGCCAACAAACUGGAGAAGAACUUCCCGUGUAACGUGAACACGGAAAUCAAGGAUGCUGUGGUUGUGCCCGUGCCACAGACAGGUUCAAAUACACUGCCAACUGCAGAGGGAGCCCCGCCCGAAGUUAUACCAGUCUGAUGGACCUAGAGGGGAACUUCUUCACAGAAGGAUCUUUGCAGCCCCCAGCCACUACAAACAGAAGUGCUUCUGCUCUGGUGGUUUCUUUAUCUUCUCUUUUCCCUUACUGACUUGUUUAUCCUGACUUGGAGCAAAAAGGAAACGAGAAGAAAACAAGUGGCCAGGAUCCCAAGAAGCAGAGCCUGUGGUGGGACCUGGAAAGGCGGAGUGUUUUGGGGAAUGAGUUCAUAAGGAAUGGUUGGUACGAGCCAGUCUUCCAGAGUGAUGGACAUGUGGUACUCCGAGUAGUGCAGAGGAAACCCCUGAACAGACUUCAAUUGCAAUGUAUGCUUCUUUGUAGGGUUCUGUAAUGUUAGCCUUCUCUACUGGAAAUCACACACACACACACACACACACACACAAAAUCUGGUCAUAAGCCUGAAGUUGUGUGCAUCACCCCUAAGUUACACCAGAAGCAAACUUAGAGGACUUGAGAGGGUUUUUUUUUUUUUUUAAUACUUUGACAGCUGAUUUUUCUGGCUAUUGUGAAGUCUGGUUAUUUUGACAGAUGCAUGUUUUGAAAUGGAUGCAAUACACAUUUGAAGAUAGAAAUGUUUGGAAUUUUGUUUAAAUAAUGAAGAUUUCCAGAGCAUUGUGGAGUUUAGCUAGCAUUGUUUUUUGAGCAACUAUCAUGCCGUGUUUUUGUUUAGUUUUUCUGGUCCCUCUUACACAGUGCUCAACAACAGACAUAUAACAUGAGCUACAAAUACAAUCAGAGUUGUACAUUUUAAAUCUCCUAGUGUGCCCCAUUAGGAAAAGUACAAAUAAAUAGGUCAAUUGAUUUUCAUAAUUUAGUUAACACUAUACUAGUUAUUUCAUGUCAUCAAUGGAAACAAUUAUAAAAAUAGCUUUCAUUAUUUUCUUAAACCAAGUCUUCAAAAUUCUGCAUUUAUGGCACACCUCAAUAUGAAUGAAAUGUAUUGGGCAGGAUUUAAUUAAGAAUAUUGGUUAGCAGAGCCCUUGCAUUAGAAAUGACAUCUGUUUCAUUUAAUUUGAUUAUUUUUAAACAGCAGUUUGAUCCAUUAUUCUGUUUUGCAGUUUCAUUUAAAGGUUAUGAUUUACAAAGCACUAAACUCAUCAAGUUAAGUAUUCUGGCUUGAUUUCAACCAAGUUUCAAAGGAGCGAAAAGACCAAAAGUAUAGAAAGUCAGUAAAAUGUGUAGCAACAUUAUGAAGUUAACUUCUGUAUAGAAGCUAUAAAGUAAUUAUGAUAGGGAAAUAAAAAUUUAUUUUGCUACUAAUUCAGGUGUGUUAAGGUUUUUAAAUCCACAUGGAGUGUCAACGUGACACUCCAUGGGCAUCUUAAUUAAGGAUUUCAACCCCAUGUUUAAACCUGACAGUAUUUCCCUCAUUCAGCCCAGAAGUAAAAAUAUUCAAUACAUUCCAUGGUGAACGAUAAGCUGGACUGUCGGUUGGUUCAACUGCUGAUUACUGUGCUCUACACAGAUUCAAAUAAACUGGUACGAAUGACAACUGCAAUGAGCUGGGUAAAUGCUCACAAAUAGUUACCUGUCAAAAAAGGACCACCACAUUUUCUUAAAGUGACUUUUGUUGUUGUUGUUAGCGGUCAUUAUUUAUUAUCCUGAAAAGGCAGAGAUGGCCAUAAAAGCCAAAGCAUGGGCAUCAUGUUGCACAAAUCUGGGUUCCAUAUCCAUGCACUUUGUAAUAAUCAGUGUUUGUUCUUCGUGGAUGAUAAAGAAAAAGGAAAAAACAAAAGGAUCUUUCAAUGAGAAGAGUAUUUGUAGUGAUUGACACUGGGUCCAAAAGUCCCACCCUUAGAAAUAAAAACAGUAAACAAUGUCAAUUGUGUGUGUGUGACAUGUAUAUUGAUGUAUAUAUGCAAGAGAAAUGUUAAGGUCAAGUCAAGAAACAAAAGGUUAAAUACUCAUCUUCUUAAAACUCGCAGGAGGGGCAUGGAUUAAAUAUACCCAACAAGGCAAUAGAUCCAACUAACCUGCUCCAGGCCUUCAGCACAAAUAAGCGGAACUUCGUAUUAACUUCCUGCAAAGUUUCCAUUUUAAAGAUCUAAGAAUCGGAACAGCAAAGGAAGGAUGGAUUGUCCAUGACUUCACACAAAAGCGUUCAUCAUCAUUCAGCUUUUCUGUAUAGUUCCCCUUGCUCUUCCUAUGCUGACAAUGUGUUGUCUACCAAUACUCCACACAAAGAGGUUUACCUCUUCUUGCAAGUAAACUGCAAAGUAAAAUUGAUUUCUCUUUUUAAGGCAGGAGGAGGAAAUGGGUUAUAUCCCUUAAUUGCCACCGAAAAUAGCAUUUAAAAAUAUGAUGGUUAUUUGAAUAGCUUGUUUCACAGAGAAGGGUGAUUGGCGAGACCUGAUUUUUCGAGGUGUAUACCAGCACUAAAAAUAAUAAAAAGCAGAGACAAGCUUUGCUACAUCAGUGAAAAAAGACAACAUGCUGUUUUAAAUAGCUAAAGUCUUCAAGUUAACUAUGGUUAAGCUUUGUUUUUAAAUGAGUAUAUGAUAGAACUCUGAACAGUGUAUGUACCAUUCAGUGAUUAUUCUGACAUAUUUUGAUGCUUUAAAACCCACAAAAAUUUUUCCUCUAAAUUAUUACCUGAAAUUACCAUUUAUGAUUCAAACAAGCUGCCCUAAUUAUAUAUGUAUAUAUGCAUAACAGUGUUGCAACUGAGCAUGGUAGGUAUACACCUGUAAUCCCAACCCUUGGGAAGCUUAGGAUUUCAGGGUUAUCCUCUACUACAAAGUGAAUCUAAAAUAAAGGCCAGGCUAGGCUACAUGAGACUUUUCUCCAAAAGUAAAACAAAGAAAGUUAAAAACUCAGUGAGUAAAGCCAAUAUUGAAAACAUUUUUUCACAUUGUGUGGUAAUGGUGUUUUCUCUUAAUAACAAUGAAAAGGUUUGGCUUUGACGGCCUGACUUACUGCUCAAAGAGAAAAACCAGCCUGACAGAAGGACAUGAUCUUGAAGUGUGUUUACCUGCUCUCAUGGGGAAAAAAAAAGUGAAAUUGAAACAAAAUUAUCAUCGAGUUUAGAUGGUUAAAACUGGAUUUUUAUAAACACAGCAUUAAGCUGUGCUAUGAGAAACACCAUAAACCAGACUUCAAAAACGCUUUCCAUCCAGAGCUGACACUGUCACUAGGUGUAAUUAUUCAAUGAGAAAUUAAUUAAAUUAAAACAUUUAGGGUAAAGCCAGGGAUGGAAGAGGUACAUUACUGGUUAGUCCCCUUCUGCUCUCAGAGGCUCCUGCUUGUGCUCUGAGAGCCCACACAACAGCUCACAACCACCUGUAGCUCAGACUCCAGCACACCCAACGACCUUGAGAGAGAGAGAGAGAGAGAGAGAGAGAGAGAGAGAGAGAGAGAGAGAGAGAGAGA